AUGUCCUCGCCAUCCUAUCCUCGUCCAGACUUUCAGCGCCCAGGUCUCAAUUGGGCUUCCCUCAAUGGACCAUGGGACUUCUUUUUUGAUGACAAGGACGAGGGGCUCUCGGAGAACUGGCAUCUCUCAAGUCCUCCCGCGUCUUUGAGGCGCACCAUCGAGGUCCCAUACGCUUUUCAGACGCCCGCAUCAGGCAUCAACGAGCGCGCCGCCCACGAGGUGCUGUGGUACCAGCGAACACUCAAAGAUAUCCGCACAGAUGAUUCCAAGUCCCGUGGGGACCGCCUACUGCUCCGCUUCGGGGCAGUGGACUACGAGGCGACAGUAUGGCUGGACGGUCAGCUGGUAGGAAGUCAUCGCGGUGGACAUGUGCCAUUCGAAGUCGAUGUAACCAAUGGAGUGGCCAAAACCACGGCUGGCGAGGCUCGAUUGACAUUGCGCGUCCGUGACUCCCCAUACGAUCUGACGCAGCCUCGAGGCAAACAAUACUGGGGCCCCGAGCCUGAAAGCAUCUUCUACACGCCCACCAGCGGCAUCUGGCAGAAUGUCUGGCUCGAAAGCGUUCCCUCAGCGCGCAUCGCCGACAGCAGUGCAGGCACGGUCCUGCGCUCCAAUGACAUCAACACGGGCAACCUCCACGCCAAGGUCGCUGUCGUCGGUCGUAGGGCCCAGGCCCCGUGCUCCGUGGAAAUCGAGGCUUCAUUCUUGGGACUUGCUGUGGGGAGUGGGAAGGGAGACUUAGCCAGGGACAGAGACUACGCCAAUUUGGUGUUGAACUUGCGUCUGCCAGAGAACGAGCACAACAAGGUCGCCGGCACCCUCGCCAAGGACGACAGCGUGUGGCGGAGCGGUCUUGCCCUGUGGUCACCGGAACAUCCUCUGCUGUAUGACCUGACCCUUCGGCUCUUGGACCCCGAUGGCAACGUUUUGGACCAAGUUGAGACGACCACGGGGAUGCGCAGCAUCGACUGGCUACGUGGUGAUGGCACCUUUCGUCUGAAUGGCAGGCCUAUCUUCCAAUCUUUGUGUCUUGAUCAGGGGUACUGGCCCGAGACCUACAUGACACCGCCGUCUGCCGACGCGCUGAAGGAGGACAUCAAGCUGUCCAAGGAUGUCGGGUUCAAUGGGUGUCGCAAGCAUCAGAAGGUCGAGGAUCCAGUCUUUCUGUACUGGGCGGACAGGUUGGGAUACCUUGUGUGGGGUGAGGCCGCCAAUGCGUACGAGUUCAGCGACGAGUAUGUGGAACGUUUCAACGCCGAGUGGACCGAAUCGAUCAAGCGUGACAUGAACCAUCCUUCGAUCGUGGCCUGGACGCCUGUCAACGAGAGCUGGGCCUAUCCCAAGCUGUCAGACAACUCGCAGGCUGGGCUUGACCAGCGAAACCAUAUCCGACAGCUGUAUUAUCUCACCAAGUCCCUGGAUCCCACUCGGCCUAUCAAUGACAACUGUGGAUGGGAGCACGUACUCACAGACUUGAGCACCUUCCAUGACUACGCGGAUGGCCCUGCCAUCGAGAAGAUCUGCUCUACGUUGCCAGGUAUCAUCCACAGGACCAUCCCGGACCAGCAUCCAAUGUUUGUUGGGCCCAUCUACGGACCCAAUGCGCUGGUGCUGGACCCGGCAACCGAGCACAAGUCUGGCGCCCCCGUCAUAUGCACUGAGUUCGGAGGCGUCAACAUCGCGCCGGCCACCGGCGGCGGCAGCGGCAAGAAGUUCAGCACAGAAGACUGGGGAUACACCACCGCCGCCGACCCAGACGAUCUGCUCAAGAGAAUCGAGAAGCUGGCGCUUGGUGUGGUGGGAGGUGGACAUUGCUGUGGACUCGUAUACACUCAGCUAACCGACAUCGAGCAGGAGGUAAAUGGCAUAUACUCGUUUGAUCGAAAGGCCAAGAUUGACCCUGCCAGAGUGAAAGCUAUCUUCGACAAGGCGGCUCAAGUCUAUCUGGAACGGCACAGGUUUGGAUUUUCCAUGCUGUCUUCCGAUGCGCAUUCGGAGUCGGUAUUACCCACUGGGGUGGCAAAGCCUUCCUGA